CUUGAUGGGUUGCACGAUGGUUGCACAAUCGAAGGACAAGUGCUCGUAAAUGUGGCGCUGUUCACCACUAUGUACACGCCUGCCCACGGUGUCCUCAAAAAGUCGAUUGAUCUCAUUUACUGCACAGCGGCACGCUAUAUCAGCAUGGCUCAAGCCCAGGACAAAGACUGGUGGAAGAGAGCCACUUCUAUCUAUGAAUUCACCGUGAAAGAUAUUGAUGGCAACGAUGUUUCCCUGGAAAAAUACAAAGGUCAUGUUUGUCUUAUUGUGAAUGUGGCCAGUAAAUGAGGCCUCACCAACAAAAACUACACUCAGCUACAACAGUUGCACGCCAAGUAUGCUGAGUCUAAGGGAUUGAGGAUCUUGGGGUUUCCUUGUAACCAAUUUGGGGAUCAGGAACCUGGAUCAGAAGCAGACAUCAAAGAGUUUGUGAAGAAGUUUGACGUUAAGUUUGACCUGUUCGCCAAAAUUAAUGUAAAUGGGAGUGAUGCUCAUCCGCUCUUCAACUAUCUCAAGCAUGUGCAAAAGGGAUUGUUGGGAAAUUUUAUCAAGUGGAACUUCAGCAAAUUCUUAAUCAAUCAGGAAGGCAUCCCUAUCAAGCGUUAUGCUCCCACCACAGAUCCACUUAGUAUAGAGAAGGACUUCCCCUGGUAGUAAGAUGGAGUGAUGUAACCCACUAGUGUUUCCUGGUGAAUCCUGACUGCAGUGGCCAGCAGACAGGGGGUGUGGCUGUGUGUGCAGAUGGUUGUGGUGGACCGUAUGAUGGUGCAUCCCAAAACCGUGUAGGGUGGGGUGGGCCGGAGCCAUAAUGGCGUGCAACCUGUCCUUACCCGCAAUCAUCUCCGCUAAGAGCUUCACUCCUUGCCACUGGUAAUUGAUCCUGUGGGAAGUUCAGGAUCAUGGAACACUUUCAUAGUACCAUUAUUGUAGAGUUCUGUAUCACAGAAUUUGUAAAUCAAAUCCAGUGCAGUUUAAUUACAUUUGUUUAUUUAUUAGACCUCUCAGAAUCUAACACUAAUAAACAUUGAUGUUAAGUUUAAAUAAUGAGAAUUCAAAACAUGGGUAUUAUCCCAACACGUGAUCCCUUUAAGUGACUGCAAUUAUUGUACCUGUAGUUGUACAGAUUUCUUCUAAUGUUUGGGGCACGUGGCCUGUUCAUUUUAGCCAAUAUAUAUGUAAUUGUAGCAGGAAUAUAGAGUUUUUUUUUUUCUUACGUGUUUAGACCAUCUAAUGAACAACGUACUCAUAUCUUUACUUUUUCAAGAGGCUGGUAAAGAAAUGUAAUAUUCUACUUUCAACACUAGAGAUACCACUCCCAAUAAUUAGAAGAAUUAGGGGUUUUUAUUUCAAUAAGGAUGAAAUUAUCUUACUGGUUUACAGACUGUGUAGGCCUAUCACAUCGAUGUUAUCUGUGCUAAAAAUAGAAAAGUAUUUCAUUAUCAGCUCAUUGCAACUAGUUUCACCAAUGUAGGAUGUGCAGGGGAUAUAGUGUCUGCCUGAUUAACUUUUUUGUUUAGGUUCAGUUUCACUUCAAUCUGCAGGCUGAUGCACUGUGCGCAUAACAUCCGAAGAUGGGAAUUUAUCAGUCAACCUUUUUGUGAAGUCUACUUCUUCUCCAAGCUACUUGCAGAGCUACCAUUAAACUGUAAUGUUCAAUCAACAAAUAGCCUCAAAAGAGGUGAAUAUUUUAAAGUGAGCAGAUUUGAUAUAUAUCAGCAUGAUGAGAAAUUUAAUUAAGAUUGUUUUAAGUAACUCACCCAACACUUGAGAGAGAGACCAUAAAUUCUGCAGAUUAUAUGCAUGUUAAUGUUUGAUUCAGGGUUAUUUGUAAAUUUGAUCAAUUCAGUCAAAUAUUAAGGUCUAUUUUAACGUGAAAUGUCACACAAUACAUGCUCAACAUGUAGAGUCACUAACAACCAAUGAGUGGAUUUCUGUCGUUUGCCAAUGCCUUCAUGCUUUUUUUUUUUAGUGGAAGGACCAUCUUGUAUUUAUCUUAACUAAUGUGCCUUGAGAUUCAUAUCUUUUUGGAAAUUAGAAAUUCCUACCAGUGAUGAUGUAAAAACGAAAGCCUCCUUAUCUGAAUCAGGUUGGAAAAACAUUUGUCAUCAAUUGCUGGUCGUUUCAAUUUGACGUUGUGUAUUUCACCAUUCUUGACACAAUUUGCUUGAUUCUGAUUAUUUCAUAAACCCUAUAAGGCCACUUUAGAGAUUAUUGUGACCUUUGAUUAAUUAUGAUCAGAAAGUAUUGGCAUCAAAAGUAUCAAUUUAAGACCUUUGUGAGCUAAGGAACUAAAUAAUUUAUAAUCUUAGAUUGUCCAACCAACAUUCAGGGAGAGUUAACCCAUAUGUCAAUAUCUUUAUGAAAGCUAUAGCAUAUUUUCAGAAGACUCCCUUUAUUGUUUGUACAUUUAGAGAUAUUUGUCACAUAAGUUGGUGCAUCGCAUAUAUAUUUAUAAAUACUAUUAAAUCCCACCUUCUUGUAUCCUACUCUAAAUGUAUAUUCUCAAGGCUACAGAAUUGAAAUAUACAUCCGUAUCCAGAGAUUUGUGUUUGUGUUUGCUUCUUUCUAGUAUAAAACCAAUCCGUUUUAAUAUAUGGUGUCUUUCAUUCUAUUUAAUAUUAGCUGUUGUUUGGUGUAUUGAUCAUGGGAUUUGCUCAAUAUACAAUUGUUGGGUGUAAUGGCGAAAUACAUAGUGAAAUA